GGCUGGAAGUCGAGCUUUUCACAGUUUUCUGUCUUCAAACAAAUCAUAAGAGGGGAAAAAGGAGAUUAUCUGAAUGGGUGACCUUCCAGGGAGAUUCUGUUUGGGUUUAAGGAGUUUGGAUCUUAUCUGAGGCAGAAGGAGGUCAGAGUAUUCCUUGAAAAACACAGUUAAGCUGCUGCCACAGUUACAGAGCCAGAGAUCACCGUUUGGUUCCCGUUCUGGAGGUACAGAGCAGCAAUGACUGAAGCAACGCAGCUGAGGAGGAGACGCGGACCUCGGAGAACGGAUCCGGCCACAGACCUGAGCCGCUGGAGGCUGACUAACGUGGAGGGCAGGCAGACCUGGAGCUACCUGGAAGAGGACGAGCGAGCCGACAGAGAGCAGACCAUGCUGGAAGCUCAUUCUCUGGGCCUGGACACCAGCCGGUUCCUGCCCGACUCCCCAGCCGCCCAGACGGCUGCGGACGCUGCGGUCAAAGGCAUGAACUUCUUCAGCCUCCUCCAGGCCGAGGACGGCCACUGGCCCAUGGAUUAUAGAGGACUGCUCCUCAUAAUGCCAGGUCUGCCUAUCAUGUGUCACAUCGGUAAGAUUUCUCUGCCUGAGGCCUGGAGGAAGGAGAUGGUGAGAUAUCUGCGCUCAUUUCAGCUGCCAGAUGGAGGCUGGGGUCUACAUCUCGAAGAUCAAUGCUCCGUGUUGGGAACGGCGCUGAUGUACGUCACCAUGAGGAUCCUGGGAGUGGAUCCUGAUGACCCGGAUUUGGUUCGUGCCCGGAACCACCUCCACAGCAAAGGAGGUGCGCUCCAGAUUCCUUCUUGGGGUAAAUUCUGGCUGGCCGUUCUGAACGUCUACAGCUGGGAGGGAAUGAACGCAUGGUUGCCCGAGAUCUGGUUGCUCCCCACCUGGUUGCCGUUCCACCCCUCCACCUGGUGGAGUUACUGUCGGCAGUUCUACCUGGCUGGGUCCUACUGUUACGGUGUCAGACUGACUGCAGAGGAGGACCCCCUGAUUCUCAGCCUCAGACAGGAGCUGUACGUCCAGGACUACGCCACCAUUAACUGGAGCGCUCAUAGGAACAGCGUGGCUGACUGUGACCUGCACACUCCUCACAGCGCUCUGCUGUCCGUCGUCAACCGGAUCUUGAACCUCUAUGAAGCCCACCACAGUACCACACUCAGAGCCAAGGCGGUCCAGGAAGUGCAUGAACACCUCAAAGCUGACGACCGCUUCACCGACUAUGUCAACAUUGGAUCGAUCCACAAGACGAUGAACAUGCUGGUGUGCUGGUAUGCAGAAGGUCCAACGUCUGCAGCUUUUCAGCAACACGUGUCCAGGAUCCCCGACUACCUCUGGAUGGGCCCUGAAGGAAUGAACAUGCAGGCAACCAAUGGAAGUCAGCUCUGGGAUGCUUCUUUUGCAGUCCAGGCUUUUCUUGAGGCUGGAGCUCACGAGGAUCCCAAACUGGCCGAGUGUCUCUGCAAGGCCCACGACUUUUUCAGGAUCACACAGAUACCUGAGAAUCCUCCUGACUAUCAGAAGUACUACAGGCACUUCAACAAGGGCGGCUUCCCCUUCAGCAGUCGGGACUUGAAUUGGAUCUGUUCUGACUGCACAGCCGAAGCUCUGAUAUCAGUGAUGCUGCUGCAGCAGCUCUGUCCCUCCGUCAGGCAACCCCUGCCCCCUGAAAGACUGUUCGAUGCCGUCAAUGUGCUGCUGAGCCUGAAGAACCGAGACGGAGGAUUUGGGAUUUAUGAACCUGCGAGAGGCGGUCGUUUCCUGGAGCUUUUCAACCCUUCUGAGAUGUUUGCGGAGGUUAUGAGGGAUUAUUCCUGGGUGGAGUGUACGUCAUCUGUACUGAAGGCUUUGAGGCUCUUUCAGAAGACCUUCCCCCAUCACCGUGCCGAGGAGAUAAGAUCAACUAUCAGGGAAGCACUGGAGUUCUGCAGGAAGGUGCAGAGGCCCGAUGGAUCCUGGGAAGGGAUCUGGGGAGUCUGCUUCACGUACGGAACGUGGUUCGGCCUGGAAGCCUUCGCCUGCAUGGGCCACACCUAUGAGAGCGGAGACGUGCCGGCUGAGGUGCAGAAGGCGUGCCGCUUCCUGCUGGACCACCAGAUGUCUGACGGAGGCUGGGGGGAGGACUUUGAGUCGUGUGUGCAGCGGCGCUACGUCCAGAGCAGCUCUGCUCAGAUCCACAACACCUGCUGGGCUUUGCUGGGACUCAUGGCGGUCAGACAUCCUGACCGGCGGGCCGUUGAGAGAGGAGUUCAGCUGCUGGUUGGUAAGCAGCUGCUCAACGGAGACUGGCCUCAGGGAAACAUCCCGGGUGCGGUUAUGAGAAGCUGUGCCUUAAAUUGUCCCUCCUACAAGAACAGCUUCCCCAUCUGGACCCUGGGCCGGUUCUUCAAGCUCUACCCCGACAGCGCGCUGGCUGGAGAGCAGAACCGGACCUCUGAAGGUUGAGGAUGUCCAUCCGACCAGAACCUGAGACCAUCCCUUCAUCUGGAUGUUUUUAAAUUUGUUUCCAAACUUCUGGUGAAGAGCAUCUUCAUACCUUAAAAAUAAAUAACGAAAAAUCAAGAUAUGGAAAAAAAUAAUCAUAACUGAUUAAGUGAUCAAAACUGUGAUUUAUGUCAUGAUAUGAAAACCGAAGCGUUUGGCUCUAAAGUAGCUAAACACAAUAAAGGUCCUUCAGAUCA